CUUAGCAAAUUUUUGUGCUGAGCAGCUCUAUGAAAUUGGGCCCUGGUGACUUAACAAAACUAUAAUUUAAUUUUGAUGUUCUCAACUGCUCGGACAUGGCUAAUAACCAUAGCUGUAGCUCCUAAUUAAAAUACAACACAAUUCCUAUCAGGUAGAAGUUUUGCCGAGUUCCCUUGGUGGGAAGAUUUAAUCUACACAAUAAAAUGAACUAAGAAGCUGAACAUAGACUGUUGGACAUGUGGACCUUAGCGGGUGCAAUGACCUCAAAGUGAGCAAAAGGGGGAUGUAGUGACAACUGAUAAGAGUAUGACACUGACUCGUGAGAGUCAAUAUAAUAGUAAUACUAAUGGAUUUAUAGAGCACCUUUAUGCGAGCCUCGAAUCAGAACAAAAGAAAGGAGAACAUUGUUUGGAUAAUAGGUUCACAUCCAAAAUUUGUUAAUUUUAACAGAGGGCUCGAGGGCUUGCUUGCAGAAUUUGAAAGGAAAAAGUGUAGCUUUCUACACAGUUUAACUUGUAAACUGUUUUUGUUUGAACAAUAAUUACCAAGAGAAGCUCAUCUUGUUUUUAGGAGUGUGUAGACUUUGAUCCUCGGCAAAUAAGACAGAAUCAAAAGAUAUUUAUCAGACGAGACAAACUCAACAUUUGACUUAAAUGAGUGUUUUUACUAAAGAUUUGAAAUACAGGUAUUUAAUUGCUGGACCCCUUGGUUGACUUGUCCUGUCUUAAACAGCUACUUGAUUAUUCGAACCACUUUGUGGUUGUAAUUAUCGCGCGACCUUCGUUUUUGUUUAAAUAUGUUCAAAAACGGCUAAAUGUGAUGAUUUUUUCAAUGGACUGUUCUACUUCAUUCCUGGAAGACCGUUGAAGUCAUUUCUUAGUCUAUUUUGUAGCAAAAAUAGCCCAAAUCAGCCGGUGUGCCCCUUUAAGCUUAUUAAGGCAUGGGGUGCGGAUUGAUUGAAGGGCAAUCAAAAUGAUUUUUUUUUAUUACAUAUAUGAAAUCUAUUUAUAGUCAUUUGACUCGAUUUCCUUAUUGGUUGAAAACAUUUUAAAUGAAAUUCAGCAAAGAUUACGACUUGCACAGUUAGUUCAAGAAUCCGUUUUUGCUAUACAGAGUAAGAACUUCAUGUAAUCCACCAUGUUAAAAUCAAACCAGUCAGUUUAUCUUGUUGUUUAAUUACUUGAUAUUUAUUAUUAGUUGUUAUAAGUCACAUUCGCGUAUUUUUCCAAUCGGACGACCCUUUGCUGUACGGCAGCUGGAGGUCACACACACGCGCCAGCACAUAGUUUUCUGGCGAUGGCACGGGAUUGAGACUCGAGUCAAGUCUACACGGAAGCUAAAGGUUAUCUUCCACUGCCACUAGACUUGUGGAAAAGUCGUUUAUGGUCCCACGUCGAGAUAGUCGAGUUGUGGCUGUGCUGUGGCGAGAUCACUGCUCUCGCGCGAACUGCUUGUUGCCGAUUUCUACUCCCCAGUAGUAGUAGAAUAUCGCUGGGAGAGUCGGAAUGCUAUCACCGCGACAGACAUUUAACGACUUGUCCACAACUCGAACCUGUCACCAACGAAAACUGAUAUCGAAUAAAAAGGGGAAAUGCCAAUCCGGGCUGGAUACCUCAGUCGGUAGAGCACCGGUACGGUAAUUCGGAGUUUAUUGGUUCAAGUCCCGCUCCGGUCAACUUGUCUUAUUGUUCAAACUCUAGUUGUAAACAAAUACAAAUAAAGCCGAAAUUGGGUAAUUAUUAAUACACUGAUUGAUGGUACCUUUAAGGUCACCGUAUCACAAAACAAGUUUUGCGUUGUUAUUCGAUUAUUUGUUUGGUCUUUGAACUCGUGACUGGCUUGGCAAUCAUGAUUUAUUUAUUUGCACACCAUCGGUUAGAUGCCAAAGUAUUUUUUGAAUUGUUGUACAGGGGCAUUGACUGAUAAGCCUACUACUUUGAAUCUAUUGCCGUGAAGUAUUUAUUCAGAAUAAGUAGUGUUAUACUAGCACCCAAUAUACAUAGACAUGUACAUGCCUCUCUGCUUUCAUAUUAUUUUGAAAGUCUGAAGAUUUUGUGGACGUUUGUUUGUGGAGGUAGCGACUACGAAGGCGUGGAAGGAUGGAUGUUGGCCGGGCGGUUUUCAGCUGGGCAGACUAUGUCGUUCUCAGUGUGGUCUUGUCUCUAUCUUCAUUCAUUGGGAUAUUCUAUGCCGUGCGGGCCAGGAAUAGGGGCACCACCAGUGAGUUCAUGGUAGCAAACAAACAGAUGGGAUUUUUUCCAGUAGCCAUGUCUCUACUCGCGAGUCUAUUCACCGGCAUAUUCAUCCAAGGUACGGUGUCAGAGGUGUACUUCCGCGGUGCUGUCGUUCCGUUUUGCGGCGUGAUACCACUCAUGUGUUCCGCUUACAUAGGCGGUCGCAUUUUCCUACCUACCUUUUAUAAGUUGGAGAUCAAGAGCGUUUAUCAGUAUUUGGAGAUGCGCUUUAACGUCUCUGUUCGUAACUGUUGCCUCAUCAUUGGAUACGUGUUCAUGAUAUUACACUGUGGAAUAGCUACAUUUGCCGCAAGUAUCGUCUUAACUACGGUUUCAGAUUUGAGUUUCUUCGCCAGCGUAAUGAUUCUUUCCGGAGUGUGUACUUUCUACACAGCGGUGGGUGGCAUCAAAGCGGUCUUGUGGGCAGACUGCUUCCAGAUGUUCCUCAUUUUUUCACCGGUGGUUGGGGCUGUGGUUAUCUCCUCAUCAACCAUUGGAUUGGGUCGAGUUUGGGAAAUAGGCGAAGAGGGCGGCAGACUCGACCUCUUCAAUUUUUCUUUCGAUCCUACGGAGUAUAUGACAUUUUGGACUGCACUGUUUGGCAACUUGCUUGGAUGGAUGCCAUCACAGUGUAUUCUACAGUACCAAGUACAACGGUACAUCACGUGCAAAGAUAUUAAAACUGCAAAUAUAGCUUACAGCUUUUACACCUUUGGCUGUUUUCUUGUGGUUGUAUUCUGUGGCUUGGCUGGUCUCUGUGUUUAUGCUCAAUACGUCGACUGCGACCCAUUCACACAAGGACUAAUAACAUUUCGCGAUGAGAUGCUGCCAUACUUUGCCCUCGAUACGUUUCAUAUUUACCCUGGCGUACCGGGGUUACUUGUCUCCGGUCUGUGCAGUGCUGCGCUGAGUACUGUGUCUUCCGUCAUCAAUUCUAUAGUGACUAUAUCUGGAGAGCACAUCAUUACUAAGAUCUGGAAGGAUGUACCGGAUUCCAGAUACCUGCUGAUAACCAAACUAUUAGCUGUUUUCUUUGGUGUUCUUAAUGUUGGUGUGACAUAUCUCAUGUCAAUCUUGGGCGACAUCAUGCCGGCGCUGAUUGGCCUCAUCGGUGGUACAAAUGGCCCUGUCAUGGGUGUAUUCAUUCUUGGUUUUAUGUUUCCGAGAUGUAACUCAAAGGGUGCUCUUGUGGGUUUUAUUUGUGGCAUUACUCUCGGUAUGUGGAUCUUCAUUGGUUCCGUCGUGUACCAGGAGACCCCACCCACCCUGCCUCUCUCCGUUGAAGGAUGCCUCGUGGAGACGGUCACCAACGACACCAUCAGCGCGGCUUUCGGCUACAACAUGACCACAUCGCCGGGUACCACCGAUGUGGGUUAUAUCACGAGUAAUCCAACAAUGGGGUUGUAUACGAACGUCACAGAUGGAUUAAACACAACAGUUGUUGAACCCGAUAAUGGAGGGUAA